GUUGGUACUCUGUGGGGAAAGGAGCGGUUGGCUCUGCCACGCUACGACGGAAGAGAUGAGACCUGACGGCAUCGAACGUUAUGCGCAACAUGCUGAUUGACGUUACUGUUGCGCUACUCAUAAGCAUGGUACACUUGCGUAUUCCGACAUGCAUUGCCAAUUGUUUACUAGAUUCAUGCGUCAACCAAACCAACACCACGCGCCACGCUAAAACGCAAUCGCCUCCAUCACGACGCUUAUCAGUAGCCCCUUUUUGUUCCCUUGACGCCAACACAUAUUUGUCCACGUCAGAGAAAGCAUGACGGCUGCUUCACCUAGAACAUGAUG